GUUCUUCUAAAAACUUGAUCAUUUUAGAAAUUGUGUAAAACCUCAAAUUUUGAAGGUUUUUUUAAUAUUUUUUGAUUUUUGAUCAAUUAUAUCACUUGGGCUGUUGUAAAAAUUUGAACUUUUUGGGUUAUUGGACCAAGAUUUUGGUAUGAUGGUGUUAUGAGAUGAGCAGAGUUAUACCCAUAAAGAUUUACAACUCAAUACAAAAUGGGCAUUCAAGAGAUUUCAUUUUUUGUGAUUUUUGUUCUAGUUUUCCCUUUGGCAGCACUUUCAAGCAACAAAGAUCCACAGUAUUACAAUUUGGAUGAAGUUAUUGAUAAAGAUAUGGCUGAAUUAGUCUGGAGGAAUUGUGGGACAGAAUUAAUGCAUUUAAUGGAAGCUUUUCAAGAUCUUCAAUUAAGUAGCAAUGAUAGGUCACUUUUACAACAUGACCAAGUAUUAAAAUCAUUAGCUUUCCAAGAUCUUCAUAUCCAAAAAACCAUAUUAGACUGUUUAGGUGUUAAAAUUGGUGCCUCUCCUGAGUCGGGUGACGAUAAACCUCCUAGAAAAUGGUACGCGGAAUAUUUAGAGUUAUUUUCGCUUAAACCUAACCGUGCUCGUAGAACCCGUAGGCUAGCUGAAGCAGAUGCACCUUCCCCUAGCCCUGGUCCUAGUAUUAGUCCUAGUCCUGGUCCGGCUUUGGCACCUAGUGUGAUGAAACCGCCCAGUACUCCAUUCUUUCCUUUACUGCCUAAUGAACCUAAUUCGGGUAGAUCUGUACAAGGGCCCGUUGGUGCUAGUGCUAAUCAGCAGUCGAGUAAUGGGAAUAAUGAUACUCAUAAGAAGAUUGUUAUUGCUGUUGUUGUUACUGCUACCGUAACAUUUCUUCUUGCUGCGUUGAUCUUCUGUUGUUAUAUUAGAACGUGUGGAAAGCGACGUGGGCAAAAUGAUGAGAGGCCUCUUCUUAGUUUGAGUUUGAGCGAUUAUUCCAUCAAUGGUGCUUCGUAUAAAUCUUCAUACAACCUAAAUACAUCUGUGCACAAUGUUGGGAGUACGGGAGAUGAAUCACUAUAUGCUAACUCAAAUGCACAAAAAAUGGAUUCUAGAAUUCCAGUAGGUAUUCCGUUACAUCCUCCACCAGGGAAGGUAGAAUCAUCAUUACGGCCUCCUCCUGGAAGGGUUGAAUCUUCUAAACGGUUGCCUGUGAAUGUAGCUCCUACUCCAACUCCUCCAUCUGCAGGUCCACCGCCUCCUGCACCUAGACCUCCUACCGCUGGUCCACCGCCGCCUCCACCACCUAGAGGAGGACCACCGCCUCCACCAGCACCUAAGCCUUUUGGCAUGAAUGCAGGUCCACGUCCGCCUCCUCCACCAGGUGCCGGUCCACCGCCGCCACCUCCACCAACUGGUGGUGUACCUCCCCCUCGACCACCUGGUGCAAGUCUUAGACCCCCACGCCCGUUAGCAGGCCCUAGUCACUCCAGUGGUGAUGAAGCUGAUGCUUCUAAAGCUAAGCUAAAGCCGUUCUUUUGGGAUAAAGUUAUGGCUAACCCUGAUCAAUCGAUGGUUUGGCAUCAGAUUAAAUCAGGAUCUUUUCAGUUCAGUGAAGAAAUGAUUGAAACCUUAUUUGGGUAUAACGCAACUGACAACAACAAAGACCACGCCAGGAAGAAUUCUGCAUCUCAAAAUCCCACUUUCCAGUAUAUUCAAAUUAUUGAUCCAAAGAAGGCGCAAAACUUGUCUAUUCUUUUGAAAGCAUUGAAUGUGACAACUGAAGAAAUAUGUGACGCAUUAAAAGAUGGAAAUGAGCUUCCUGCGGAACUUGUCCAAACAUUAAUAAAAAUGGCACCGACUGCCGAUGAAGAACUGAAGUUAAGGAUGUACAAUGGAGAUCUUUCGCAUCUUGGAACUGCGGAGCGGUUUUUAAAAAUGUUAAUUGAAAUCCCAUUUGCUUUCAAAAGACUAGAAUCGUUGCUCUUUAUGUGCACAUUCCAGGAGGAAGAAUCAAUGAUCAAAGAGUCCUUUACAACUUUAGAGGCUGCAUGUGUAGAACUUAGAAAGAGCCGUUUGUUCCUCAAACUUCUAGAAGCCGUUUUGAAAACCGGGAACCGUAUGAAUGAUGGAACAUUCCGUGGCAGUGCACAAGCAUUCAAACUCGAUACACUGUUGAAGCUAUCAGAUGUUAAAGGACUCGAUGGAAAAACAACCCUUUUGCACUUUGUCGUUCAGGAAAUCAUCCGGUCAGAAGGUAUAAGAGCUGCCCGAACUACUCGGGAAUCAAAAAGUUUCAAAACCAAUGAUCUUCUCAAAGAAACUUCAUCUUCUUCUGAAGAAACAGAGGAACGUUACAGUAUGCUCGGGCUUCAGGUGGUUUCGGGUUUGAGUAGUGAGCUCGAGAAUGUGAAGAAAGCAGCCAUUGUAGAUGCUGAUGGGCUGACAAGUUUGGUGUCAAGACUGGGUCAGGCCCUAGUAAAAGCCCGUGAAUUUAUAAAAUCAGAUUUAAAGACGGUACAAGAAGAUAGUGACGAGUUUCAGAGAGUUUUGGGUAGUUUUAUGAAGAAUGCAGAAAAGGAGAUCACGUGGAUGCUUGAGGAAGAAAAGAGAAUAAUGUUGUUGAUUAAGAACACAGCGGACUACUUUCAUGGGAAGUCCGGAAAAGAUGAAGGGUUAAGAUUAUUUGUGAUCGUUCGUGAUUUCUUGAUAAUUUUAGAUAAAGUUUGUCAGGAAGUUAAGAGUAAUCCUGUAAGAACACCAAGAACCCAGAAAAGCGAUGAUUUGCAGGCAGGAAAUCAAAGAAAAGAUGUUCAGCCAUCAGCUGGAGGUCCGUCAGAACCUCCCCAGUCUCCGUUUGCUGAACAACGUCAACGGCUGUUUCCAGCGAUUUUAGGGCGUCGUAUGGACAGUUCUAGCUCAGAUGAGGAUUAGUGUGUAGGUUUUUGUAAGGAAUGACAAUGAUUUAUUUUUUAUUUUUCAUUUUCCCCCCUUAAAUUUACUUGAUGAAUAUGUAAUGGUGGCUGUGCAGGCUGGUUGGUAGGUGCUACAAAUGUUGUAUAGGAAUCUAAAAUUAUAUCUCACCAAAUAUAAUACUAUGUGCAUUGAUCUGACUAGCAAA